AUGGCUAUUCCAGGGACGCAAAUCAUGGCCCCGCUUCCGCCAGGGCCGCUCCUCAUCGCACGAGGCCUUCCCGCUGUCGUUCUACCUCCUUUGGCGGUAAUUGUCACGCGCAUUUUCGGGCAGCGGUAUUUUGACAUUGACAUUCUUCCACCAAACCUCCCUGCAUGGCAGCAAAGCCUCAUUCUGCUGGCCAGCAUCCCACUCACGGUCACUUUCCGAAUUUGGCGGGCGAUUCUCCGUGACAGACGCGAUGCGCGCGCCAACGGGGCUGUUUUGCCGCGGACCAAACCCAGCGCAAUUGGCGGUGUCGACGUCCUUCGCGAUGCAGUCGUCAAUGCGGAGAAAAUGUACCCUGGGGAAGGUUUCUCUGUUCUCAGUCAACAGCUUGGGGAACCAAUAAUAAACCUACGCAUUUUGUUUGAGAAUCGAAUGAUAACUGCAGAGCCAGAAUAUAUCAAAGCAAUACUCGCAACCCAAUUUUCCAGUUUUGAGAAGGGGGCAGACUCUCGCGACAUGUUCAGCGACCUCUUGGGCACGGGUGUCUUUCUGGCGGAUGGCGACUUAUGGAAAUUCCACCGUGGAAUGACACGCCCCUUCUUCAAGCGCGACCGCGUCAGCGACUUUGCGCUCUUCGAUCGCUACUCGCUCAUCGCCAUUGACAAAAUCAAACAGCGACUUCGUGACGGGUUCGCGGUCGACUUUCAGGAUGUCAUAACGCGUUUCGCAAUGGACGCAUCUGGCGAGUUCCUUUUCGGCUACGACCCGCGCACUCUUGAAGCUGGCCUGCCGUAUCCACAUACCGCCAUAUCACCUAUUGGAUCGACCACAGUUCUAGACAAAGACCACGAAGCUGCAUUGGAGUUUGCUGGUGCCAUAACUCGUGCACAGGAGUCGACGAUACGAAGAGGACCAAUAGGCCCUGCGUGGCCGUUGAUGGAGUUCUGGAGCAACAAAGUCACGAAGGAGAUGGGCGUUAUUCGACGUUUCUUGGAUCCAAUUUUGCAAGCCGCGAUUGCUAAUGGGAAGCAAGCCGGUGUAGAGAAGCUGUCUGCUGAGAGUAUCAAGGACGACCGUGAGGUUCAAGAGGGCGAAACUCUGGUUGAGCAUUUGUCCCACUACACCCAAGAUCAAACCAUUCUCCGCGACGAAAUCCUCAAUAUUGGCCUCGCAGGACGCGACACAACGUCUAGUUUGCUCACUUUCGUCAUCUACAUGCUCACCGACCAUCCCCAUGUUUUGGCCAAGUUGCGCGCCGAAAUAAUGGAGACUGUCGGUCCAACUCGAGCGCCGACACCCGAUGAUAUCCGCGAGAUGAAGUAUUUGCGUGCAGUGUUGAAUGAAACACUCCGACUCCAUCCACCCGUUCCGCUGAACAUGCGAUGCACAUCUGAACCCGUAAUCCUUCCACCACUCAAACCUGGGGCAAAGCCAUUCUAUAUUCCCGCCAACACCAAAGUUCCCUAUGCAACCAUCGCUAUGCAUCGUAGACCGGAUUUAUGGGGGCCAGACGUACUCGAAUGGGACCCCGAGCGCUUUAUCGACGAACGUUUGCACAAAUACCUGAUCCCCAACCCCUUCAUCUUCCUACCUUUCAGCGCCGGCCCGCGCAUCUGUCUGGGCCAACAAUUCGCCUACCACGAGACUUCCGUGUUCCUCGUCCGCCUACUGCAAAAUUUCUCUGACGUUUCGCUGGACAUGGAUGCACAGCCACCCGAAAGCCAUCCACCAAACGAAUGGAAAGACCCGGAACAGGACCUAUUGGGAUGGAAGCGUAAGGAGCGGCUUUUUGUCAAGAGCCACUUGACGGCAUAUAUACGAGGCGGGGUUUGGGUGCGCAUGAAGGAAGUAGAGGUUUGA